AUGGCUUUUGCAUUAUUAUCAUCACCAUCACUUGCCUCAGUUUGUGACAAAACCUUAAUUAAACCUUCUUCUCUCACCUCACCUACUCUUAGAUACCACAAACUGUCUUACAUUGAUCAAUUCCAUAGUAAUAUGUAUAUUCCUUUGGCACUUUUUUACCCUAAAGUACAACAAAGAGAGGAGUCAACUAAUUAUUCUCAUAAUGAACUAUCUCAUAUAGCACACUUGCUACAAACAUCUCUAUCAAAAACUCUAGUCUCUUACUAUCCUUACGCUGGAAAAUUGAGAGACAAUGCUAUUGUUGAUUGUAACGAUAUGGGAGCUGAGUUUUCGAGUGUUCGAAUAAACUGUCACAUGUCUGAAAUACUUGAUCAUCCUAAUGCAUCUCAUGCAGAGAGUAUAGUUUUUCCCAAGGACUUGCCUUGGGCGAAUAACUAUGUAGGUGGUAAUUUACUUGUGGCGCAAGUAAGUAAGUUUGAUUGUGGGGGAAUAGCUAUCAGUACUUUGGCUCCUAAAUUUAUAGGAGAUUCUGUUUUCUCGUCAAAUAAUUAUAGUCCUAUUAUUGCGCCACAAAUGUUGUCUAAUGUCAGUGAAUGUGUACAAAAAAGAAUUAUUUUUCCUACAACAAAGUUAGACGCACUUCGAUCUAAGGUAGCAGCAGAAUCGGGAGUAGAAAAUCCAACAAGGGCUGAAGUUGUGAGCGCGCUACUUUUCAAAUGUGCAAUUAAGGCAACAUCAAGUACAACUACUUCAAUGCUUACGCGUCGUCCAUCAAAGUUUGUUCAUUUUUUAAACGUACGUAAUAUGAUGAAAUCUCGUCUACCUCAAAGUGCCAUUGGGAAUCUAUUGUCCGUUUUCUCCAUAACAGCAACUAACGAACAAGACAUUGAGUUGCCAACGUUGGUUCGUAAUUUAAGGAAGGGAGUUGAGGUGGCGUACAAGAAAGAUCAAGUGGAAGAAAAUGAAUUGAUCUUAGAAGUAGUAGAAUCCAUGAGAAAAGGGAAAAAACCAUUUGAUGAUGACUAUGAGAAUGUGUAUUCUUGUAGUAAUGUUUGUAGAUAUCCAUUCUACAAUGUGGAUUUUGGAUGGGGAAAACCUGAAAGAGUUGGUUUACCAAAUGGUCCAUUCAAGAAUUUAUUCUUCUUGAAAGAUUACAAAAUUGGUCGAGGCGUGGAUGCGCGGGUAAUGUUGCAGAAGCAACAUAUGUCUGAAUUUGAACGCGAUGAGGAGCUUCUUGAUCUUAUUUCCUAA